GUACAUUCGCUUGAAAUUACUGUAAUACGCCGCAAGAUUACAUACUUAAAUGGUUGAUUAUUAUGAUUUUAUAGUAGUAACAGUUGUAUUUUGGCAGAAACAAUGGUUGCCGUGAAGGUAAAUGUUUGUAGUGGUAGUAACACUGGCGACUUUCACGGAAUCUCAACAGGAACAGUUACCCGCCUCGAUAACAAGCGAGUUGACUCAAGUUCAUUUGCAGGUGAAGAGUCGCUCUUGGCACAGACUGCCAUUACAAGGAAGCACACUGCUCUAACAGGACUAUUGUACAGACUGUGCUGUGGACUGCGAGAUUAGACAUGUCUUCCAAUUCAAUGCUGAGAACUGGAUCAUUUGUAUGCAAGCAGGACUACGGAGGAAUAAAAUGCCUGACAUCGGUAUUCUGCACUCGGACAACCAGUAACGUUACAUUAAUAGGUGGUGAUAAACAAAAAACCAUGGACGACUUGGAUGGUCCUAGCUUUCUGACAUCAUUAUACUGGCUCUUUGGGAAAGGUUAUUUUCAAACUACACAUCAAAUGCAGAUAGAGCACAGCAAAAUCUACAGCCCCCUUUGGAGGUCCAAAUAUGGACCACUGGUUGUUGUUAAUGUGGCCAAUGCAGACCUCAUAGAACAGGUUCUACGGCAAGAGGGUCGCCAUCCCAUCCGUACUGACAUGCCCCACUGGAGAGGCUACCGAAAACUCCGGAAUCAUGCUUAUGGACCCCUGACAGAAAUGGGAGCGGAGUGGCAGCGCAUUAGAAGCAUCCUGAAUCCUCGCAUGCUGAAGCCCAAACAUGUGUCCUCCUACACCAGUGCCAUUAAUGGUGUGGUGAGCGACUUUAUUGAGAAGGUGGCAAAGCUUAGGACAACAAAAGGCAAUGACCUUAUGGUGUAUGAUGUGGCAGGAGAACUGUACAAGUUUGCCUUUGAAGGAAUAUGCUCAGUGUUGUUUGAAACUCGUAUGGGGUGUCUGAAUGAAGUGGUUCCUGAAGAAACACAGAAGUUUAUCUUCUCUGUUGGGGAAAUGUUCCGUCUUUCUCCCAUCGUGAUCCCGUUUCCCAAAUCUCUCUGGACCUACAUGCCUUUUUGGAAGCAUUUCGUGGCUGUUUGGGACCAUUUGUUCAAAGUUGCGGAUGAACUAGUGCAGAAGAAGAUGGCAGAGAUUCAGGAAAGGGUGAAAUAUGGGCAGCCAGUGGAGGGCGAGUAUCUCACACACCUCCUGAUCAGUGAACAGAUGUCCUUCACUGAGGUUUUGGGAAGCAUUACAGAGCUUCUGCUGGCAGGAGUUGACACUACAUCAAACACUGUUUCCUGGGCGCUUUAUCACUUGGCACGGGAGCAAGAGAUCCAGCAGAAGCUGUAUGAGGAGAUUAUCAGUGUCUGCCCGGGUGACAAAGUGCCCUGCAGUGAAGACAUUACCAGGAUGCCAUUGCUAAAGGCCAUCGUUAGAGAGACUCUUCGUUUAUAUCCGGUGGUUCCUGGGAAUGCUCGUGUCGUUGCUGAAAGAGAAAUAGUGGUGGGUGGCCACCUCUUCCCUAAAAAUACUCUUUUCCACCUCUGCCACUUUGCAGUGUCCUACGAUGAGAAGGUGUUUCCCAAUCCUUCUGCCUUCCUCCCUCAGCGCUGGAUCCGGGGGGAGAAGCAGUUAAACCAGCAUCCCUUCGGGUCUGUGCCGUUUGGCUUUGGCAUCCGCGCCUGCCUGGGCCGCAGAGUGGCUGAACUGGAGAUGUACCUCCUCUUGUCCCGGUUAAUUAAACAUUAUGAAGUGCGUCCAGACCCUUCAGGAAACACUGUGAAGCCGAUCACACGAACUCUGCUGGUCCCUGCCACAUCCAUUGACCUGCAGUUUAUUGAUAGGCAAAAGGAGCAAGAGGAGCCAGUCAAAGCAAAUGCUUCUGUAUAAAUAACUGUGCACUUCUCAAAGCAAUUUGCUUCUAGAUAAUGUUUACAUGUUUUAUGACUUAUAAAAUUGAAAAAUAUAACUACAAUGCGUAGCCCUGUGGACACAAAGUGCUUACUAAAUUACAUUGCUUGACUGUUGCCUUUUUUAAGGCAUUUUUAUUUAUAAUAACACUUACACUUAUUUUGCUGUUAUAAAUACCUAUUAUACAGUAUACUGUAAAUGUAUUCAUUUUUGACAUUACAUUGUGAAAAUAGUUUUGUUUUAAUUGCAUGUGAAUUAAUGUCUUUGUAAUUAAUGUAAUGAAUUAAUAUUAGUGUCAGAUGUGAUGGUUUUUAGAUCUUUUACAAAUAAUGUCAACUUAUUUUCUUUUGUGAAUGCACCUUCAUUUUUUUAAUUAUGUUUUUUAUUUUUAGAGGAAAUUAAUAUUACAAUUUAAAUACAAUCUAUUUUCAGGUUGCAUUGUCCUUGCUGGUGAGAAUAUAGUAAGAAUAAUAUUGAUAAUAACUGACCACGUUGCAACACCUGUCCAGUUUCAAUGAAAUCCUUCUCUCUAGUUCAGUUUCAAUAUGAAUGCAAAUUCCAAUGAUGCUCCCAUGUGGGUGAGAAUUGUAAUUGCAAUAAAUAGAAAUAUUCCAGCUUUUA